AUGUUGCGAUUCAGGAUUGAAGAACUUGAGACGCUGCAUCCAGCAGCACCAUUGACCCUGGAUCUUCAGCUGGCGCUCCAAGCGCGAUUGAUCGCCAAGCGAUCGCAAUUGCCUUAUCCAAUCCUCUACUCCAUUGCUUCAUCGGUGUGUAUUUUUACUAUUACCUGUAUAUUAUCUGUACAUUAUCUGUUUUCAUUAUUGAUUGUAUUGGUACUACUACUACUAUCACAGGUGCUCCGAGCUCCCAGCUCAUUCCACGCAACACAAACAACAGUAGAGGAACCGUCGCCUUGGGCUUGUAAUUUUUGA